UUGUUGAUGUUUUGUAAAAAUCUAGAACAAGGAAAGAGAGAAGAAAGAAGAAGAAAAAUAAAACAGAAAAAGGGCAGCCUCUCUUUGUAAAUAGGGACUGGCCGGAGCUGAAACCAAUUUCGAACACUACCAGAAUCUAAACUGAGUUCUGAAAAUUAUGCCAUUGUGAGUUCCAAAAUCUGGGUUUUUGUUUUUAAUUUCGUUUUGAUGAUUGAGACAAAGCUGUUCCCACCAUUUUGAAGAAUAUUUUGGUUCUGUAUGUCUUUCUGCAAAUGUGAACAUUCAGUCGAAGGUUUAUAAUUUUUUUUCCUUUUCUGAAGUGUAGAAUUUCCUUUCAGCUCUGGCCGUCUUGUAUUUUCUGAAUAUAUAGCUUCAAAAUCUGCCCUCUCCUACCUCCGGUGUUAACCUGUUCCUUCAAGGCAGAAUAGAAUAAGGGUGAGAAGCCCGCUUUUCCUUUCCUGCCUCCUUCUUUAGCCCUCAUGUCUCCAAAUUCCGGUUGGAGUAAGAAGAGGAGUUUACUAAAUGCUGCCUCCAGCCCAUCAAGAGCAUCGCAGGCGAAUCUGUGGCUAGUUUCCUGAUGGUCAGAUCUGUCCCUGGUCUGGUCAUUCACCAGUCGCCAAAAUAUGUUCUAAAGCAACCUCCUCCUACUGUGUGGCCUCCCAUACUGCUCCCGAGGGCUGGAGGGAGAGGAGAGCUGUAGCCUAUCCUGCCAAGAAGGCCCCCCCAUUGGGUGGAUGUUCUUUCAGGUCAUCCAGCUGUUUCACAGCAGCUGUGCCUGGCCUGGCUGCUGGAAGAGGGCAAACAGAUGGGGUUGUGUCCACUCUCUGGAGAAGGUGGUGGGUUCAGUUGUCCCAGCUCUUGAGAACAUUUGGAGCCACGGAAGCAAAUUGCUCGGCCGUGUGGCCGUUCCCAGGGUGGCUGGGUUUGACAGUGAAAUCUUCAGGGUUGGCCAAGAAUGAACGGGGGCCAAGAAGGCUCUGCCUGAACAAGAGGUUUUCCUGGGUAUAACGAAGACUGGCUGCUCCAAAGAGGUGUGUGCCUCCCCCCCAUGAGUUGACAAACCGGUGACUUCAGAACUCGAGUUGAGAACAUGAGAGGAGUCCUGUUCUUUCAGACCCGGUCCAUCGUGCCUGGCACCGUAUUCUCCAUGGUGGCCGGUCGGAUGAACCGCAAGAGCAGAGAAGCAAGACUGAGAAGGCCCGGCCAUGCUCCACACCGCUUGGUGUUCAGAAGUAGGCUGCCCAGAAAAGUGGUGGUCCCCUCUUUCGCAACUUGGCAAAACUCCUUUUUUCGAAGUCAGGACAGCCAGGAGCUGUCACCGCCUCUUGUGGCAGGAAGUUCCACAAGUUGUACAUAUUGUGUGAAGCAAGGUUUGCUUUCUUUUGGGGCUUGGGAAUGAGGAAGGGCAAACACAGGUGUUUGGAAGAAGGGCCAUCACUUGGUAGCCGACCACAUGUACAGGCAUGUCUUAUCAAAAGAUCAGAAGGAGGCAGGAUUUCAGAAGGAGGGUGGGAAGACCUUUCCUCCCUUAGGUCUGGAGAGGGCACGACCAGGGAGAGCAGGCGGUCUGAUAUCUGACUAUAUGCAAGGCAGUUGCACCUUUGCUUUUAUCUAUAUUGCAGCUUUGUCAGAGAGAAAAGGCAAGACGGACUGAACUGCACCCUGUGGGAAACGGAGAAUGAAACCACCCUGGGGCUUGAGAACUUGGUGGUCUGCUUAGGUUUUGUUUAAAACUGGACAGUUCUUGCUCCUUUCCGUUGGGUGUGAACAUCAAAGCUGGUGGAAGCUAUCUGGAGGUUUCAAUCCUCGAAAAUGCCUGCAUCCCAGCAGGGCGAGGCAAGGGAAGAAAGGGCUGCCGGACCCACGUCAGAGACCGUUGCGGCUUUAGUUGUCCACUGGUCAUCCCAGGCACCCUUUCCCCCUUGUUAAUUCUCUCCCUCCUUUUCUUAGAAAUUUCAAAUGGAGCCAGAACAUUUCAAGACUCUGGCAGAGCGAGGAAGCCCAGAGGAGAGAAGUUAAAACGGGCUAGCUCGUCCAAAGGGCUGCAGAUCCAACUGGCAAAACCACGUAGCAGUGAGGUGGUAGUCCUUUUGUCUCCUUAGGCAACCUGUGUCCCAUGUUCGCACCUUGCCGUCUGGAGGUUCACCAAGAGCCAGGGGGCCUUCCUGCCUGUUUCUUUGGCAUUCACCCAUUUGCCCAAAGGCUGGUUGGCUCAUGCCCUGAAUCAGCGAGAGUCAAUGUGUCCAUUUCCCCGACAUUUCAGAAGGUAGUGCUGCCCAACUGGACACAAAGCUACCGUCGCCCUGCCUGUUGAUGGAAGGGGACAUCCGUGCCAUGUAUCUGCCAUACUUUUUCAGCCUCAGCAUUAUGUUCUAUCAUCGAUUCCCACAAUGGGACCCUUUACAGAUGUCCUAGGACUGCAGCUUAAAAAGGCAGAGAACAGAACAUUUAACAUCCGGCAGUAUAAGCGGGCAAAGAGAGACCAGGGAACAGGGAUGGUGGCUCAAGGUGGUCAGUUAUAUCCUUGAUACAAGCUGUUUAAGCAGUCCCUUUAAAUCCCCUGGAAGCCAGACUGAAAAGUCUCUCGCUGGGGAAGAGGCUUGGCAGGUUCUCAGGAGCAGCCCUCAGCUUUCCGCUCCGUGGGCCGGGAUGCCUCCAAAGGGGUCGAGAUCCUCCUUUUUGCAUGCUGAUUCCCCAAUUAAAGCCUUUCUUCCACACUUGAUAUGUCAUUUCAGAACAUCCCGUUUCCCUCGCUUCGGCCGUUUGGCAGGGACAGGCCUUGCACCGUUGUGCCCAAGGCCCCUUUGCGUAUCUGCGGGCCAAAUAGCAGCUGGCGGACAGUUAGAGAAGUUGAGUUAACCAUCUCGGUUUGCUGGAGUGUCAGCGCCCACGGAGGAGCCCACCAGCGGCAGCUGCUGAAGGAGCUGAUGGAGGACUACACCCCCUUGGAAAGGCCGGUCGGGGAUGACGCCCAGCCCCUCACCGUCCACUUCACUCUGAGCCUCAUGCAGAUCAUGGACGUGGAUGAGAAAAACCAGGUGCUAACCACCAACGUCUGGCUGCAAAUGUACUGGUACGAUCAUUAUUUGCAAUGGAACGAAUCGGAAUAUCCUGGUGUGAAAUCAUUACGGUUCCUGCCCGAUCACGUCUGGACUCCUGACAUCCUUUUGUACAACAGUGCCAACCAAGAUUUCGACUCUACCUUCCACACCCAUGUCUUGGUCAACUCCAGCGGCUACUGCCAGUGGCUGCCCCCAGGUAUCUUGAAAAGCACAUGCCAGAUCGACGUGCGUUGGUUCCCCUUCGACACGCAGAAGUGUGACCUCAAGUUCGGCUCCUGGACAUACGAUGGGUGGCUGCUGGAGCUGCGGAUGAUGGAUGCGGACACCUCGGGCUACGUCGCCAAUGGCGAGUGGGACCUUGUGGCCGUACCGGGAAGUGAGAACAAAGUGUUCUAUGAGUGUUGCCGGGAGCCCUACCUGGAUGUCACCUUCGCUGUGACCAUGCGCCGCCGGACGCUGUACUACGCGCUCAACAUGUUGGUGCCUUGCUUGCUUCUCUCGGCCAUGACCUUCCUCGUCUUCCUUCUGCCGGCUGACUCGGGAGAGAAGAUUUCCCUAGGUAUCACUGUUCUUCUUUCACUCACCGUCUUCAUGCUGCUGGUGGCUGAGGUCAUGCCAGCCACCUCAGACUCCAUUCCACUCAUAGGGCAGUACUUCGCCACGACCAUGGGCAUGGUGGCUCUCUCUGUGGUUGCCACGGUCUUUGUGCUCCAGUACCACCACCACGACCCCGAUGGCGGGUGCAUGCCUAGAUGGGUCCAGGUGGUGGUGCUGCAAUGGGGUGCCUGGCUCCUGCGCAUGCGCCAGCCGGGGAAAGAACCCGUGGCCUGGCCGCAUUGCACCCCCAGCCUGCUCAGCUGCAGUUCGGACAGCAGCGAAGGCCGUGCCAUGCCGAGUCCACAGGCCGCCCCGGUGGUGGCCGUGGCCAACGGUGGCCUCAUGUACAUGGGUAUCCCCCAGGCCUCUUUUCCUGCCAAGCCCCCGGACGUGCCACGGCCCUUCCUCCCCUCCCCAGAGCUCCAGGCCUCCACCUCCGAGGAACUCUUCGCUGGCCCUGAACUGAGCCGCAUCUUGGAGGAGUUACGUUACGUGGCCGAGUGUUUCCGAGGACGGGACGCGGCUCAGGCCGCCUGCAGCCAGUGGAAGUUUGCGGCCGCCGUGGUGGACCGGCUCUGCCUGGUCACCUUUGCCCUUAUCCACAUCGUCUGCUCCAUCGGCAUCCUCAUGGCCGCUCCCAACUUUGCCGAGGCCAUCACGAAGGACUUCCUGUGACUCUCCUGGCCCUCCCAAGAGCUUAGCAUCCACGUUCCUUCUCUAGCCAUGAGGAAGGUCAACCCAAACUGGCUUCCCCUCUCGACUGCUGAGAGGAGGAGGGUUGCGAGAGGUUUGCUGAGGACAGAGAGCCUCGCCACGCAGCAGCACUGCCAGCAGACUUAAUUGGGGCCACCCCGGAAGGGCCUUUGUCAAGCCCCACAGGCUUUCCUGGAUUAAAGGCAAUGGACGGACCAGCUUCCUCAUCUCCUCCAAAUGAUCAGCUCCGCGUUUCACACUGCCAAGGACUUCAGACUCAAGCUGUCCUCAGGAUCCGUCCCUCUUGUCCUGUCUGCCACCUCCCUGAGCCCCUCAAGAGUCCUGUUUUAAAACCUGGUGACUUCCAAAACGCGAUGAGCAGCGCUGAAGUGUUUCAUUCCCACCAGGAGUGAUGGGGAACUCUGUAGGAAAGUGUUACCACCCCUGGGAAGCUUGUGUUCCAAAACUUCAAAAAGGCCCCUGCCUCUCCCCAGGAAUGAUGGCCCGGGAGUCCAGUCCUGCUUUGGACAAGGUCCCUCCGCCUCAGUUUCUCUGGGCUGCAGAAAUGGGGGCAAGCACUGAACUACCUCUAAACAGAGUUUAUUGUGAAGACCAAACGCCGUAAAACAUCCGAAGCACUUUGCGAUGGAAAAAAUGCUUGGCGGUGCCGUUGAGAACGAGUAUUUUUGCUUUUAAUGUUUUGAUUCCUUAAAUUCAAGAUAUAUUUUCAUUAUGGUUCUGCCCCCUUCCCCAUCUGAAUCUUCAGGAACUCAGCGUUCUAUAUAAAUCUGUGUAUAAAUGAAGAAUUGUUAAAUGUGGUACCAAACCAUAGAGCCAGUAUCUUUCUGUUUUGAUGGUGUUUUGACUUCCAUAUCCUUGGUUAUUGUCCGAGGGGGAUCAGGGACAGCAGAACCUUAAAAUUCAAACCGCCUCAGGGAAGGAGGGUGAAAAAAAUAAAUUUAAAUAUGACCGGCUGCUUCAGGAGGAUACAAAGAC